ACAAAUUCUGUCGAGAGAAAUAAGCAAAAGGGAUGCUGCACCUUCCCUUGUAUAGCACAGGGCCAUGUUUUUUAACACCAAAGCCAAGAUUGACCAAGAUUUCUCGAUUAAGGAGGUGCAACCUUCCUUCAGCUUUUUGCCCAGGUUACUUGCUAUUAAGUGAAGACGGGAAAUGGAAGAUCAGUUGCCAUAUGAAACAUAGGGAGUUGGAUCCUUCAGUAAAUAUAACUGAUUUGAAUAAAGUACUUCCAUUCAAAUCGCUUAGUCAGUACUUGCUCAUCAGAGGGUUUCUGGCUACCCAGAUUUCAUUGCAGGCAUAACAUUUGUUCUUUAGACUGGGGGAAGCUUAGGAAAAGAAAGGAUGUGGACAUAAAGAGACAAUAGAAAUAUGCUUAGUGGAAGAGCAAGGGAUAUCAUUAUAUCCAUAAUCCAAAAUGAAAGACCGAGGUUAAAAGAUAAAUGCCUCUAUGAGGAGAUAAGAAUGAAGACUUAGCUACAGAGGAAUCAUCUGUACUUUCAUAGCAUAUUGAUAAAGUAUAUUAAGCCUUAGCAGAAAAGGAUCAUUUGCAGAAAUGUAAUGCAGCGUGCUGAGAUUUUUAAUUGCUGAUAUUUCCUUCAUCCUUGCCAUCCCUACCUUCUUCCCUUGCUUCUCACAAUUUGUUAAGAGGAGACAAAUCUUAUAUGCUACGAGAUCUCAUGGAAGCUAAAGCUAAAAAGCAGAAAUCUUUGCAUUUUUGUGUUAUAAACUCUGGCAAAAUGCAGCUAUUUUAUGCUGGAUAAAUAACUGGAAGCUUAAUAUGACAGAUUCUGAACCUAGCAGAAUCAUAAAAUGAUGAAAGAAUGCAUUGAAUGGAAGAAAUAAGUACAGGAUAGUAAUCUAAUUCAUACAAUCUGUAUAAACAGUGGAAUAUCUGAAGCUCUUGCAUCUUAAACUGUGUAAUUGCCUUUAGGCAUAGUUCUUUGGUGGUGAAAGUCAUGCAUCGCUUGAUGUGCUAUCUUGUUCAGAUGUAAAAGUUUGCAGUCUGGGGAUACCUGGUUAUAGCUGGCCUUAGGGCUGCAAUUGAAUUGAGUCAAGUAGAAUCUGAUGAUCAGGAGAUUCUGACUGUCUUGAAUUUAAACAUGAAUUCAGUUAAGCCUUAAUCUUUAUGCUUGAGUUGAAUGUAUUACUAUAUUUGCUGGCCUUAAAGUCUCCAACUUUCUCCUAGCCUUGUGUCCAUUUGUUAAAAUCUAUUUCUAGGACUUGUUUCAUUAAGUUCUUUCUGAACCCCUGUUUCCUUGUUUAUAAAAUUGAAAAAGGAAGCUAAUACUUCUGAAAUUUGUACAGAAUGAAAAUCCUGGUCUAAUUGCUGGUUUUUCAGUUUAGAGUUUCAAUUCUCAGACUUUUGCAUGAAGAUAUAAAGAAAUUAAACUUGCCUUGUGCCCUCAGGGAUCAAUAGAUAUAACUUAAUUGAUACUGGAUUGUUCACUUUUAGAUUGAAGUCAAACCUAAUAAUGAGUCUAUUAUGUGAAUAGUUUGUAAAAGAAUGCAUCUGGUCGCAGCUCUACUUGUACUACACUCCUUCUUAAGCUGCUUCACCAUAAGGAAGAUAAGUAGUGCUAACUGGUUGAUCUACAUUCUAUCAUGUAACUGAUGAUGGUUCUUGCUACAGCUUGUGCAGGGUAAACAUGCUAAGCUUAUUUUAGCAUUCAUGACAUCUUUUUCCCUAGCUAGACUGAUAGAGUUCUUGUCCAACAGUGUAAAGCUGAAUGCGAUACAACAGUUAUUCUUCUAUAUGAUUUGUACAUAUCCGGUUAAGAGUUCACCUUUUGCUUGUAUGUCAAAUUCCAUGAGUAAACCAACUCCUCUUCAAUUGGACGUUUCUUUGCCUCCAUUUCGAGAUAUCAGAUGGAAUUUGUCAAGGUUGAUAUAUUUAUUCAACAUGCAACUUGAGAGAAAUGUUGCGACAUUUUUCGUCGUGCUCCUUAUAUCUUGCAUCUCAUUUGUCAUCAUUGGUGGUUUGCUCUUCUAUAACUCAAGGGGCAGCAAACAAUCUCUUGAGGAAUGCUUUUGGGAGGCCUGGGCAUGCCUUUGUUCAUCAUCAACACAUCUUAAACAAAGAACACGAAUAGAACGUAUCAUCGGCUUUGUUCUCGCUAUUUGGGGCAUACUGUUCUAUUCUCGCUUAUUAAGCACAAUGACAGAGCAAUUUAGGGGUAAGAUGCAAACAUUAAGAGAGGGGGCACAAAUGCAAGUUUUAGAGACUGAUCAUAUAAUUAUAUGCGGCAUCAAUAGUCAUCUCACCUUUAUACUAAAGCAACUAAACAAAUACCAUGAGUUUGCUGUUCGCUUAGGUACUGCAAAUGCCAGGAGGCAGAGAAUUCUUCUUUUAUCUGAUCUCCCAAGGAAGCAAAUAGAUAAAAUAGCUGAUAACAUUGCCAAAGAUCUCAAUCACAUAGAUGUCCUAUCAAAGAGUUGCAGUCUAAGUUUGACAAAAUCAUUUGAAAGAGCUGCAGCCAACAAAGCACGGGCCAUCAUCAUAUUGCCAACAAAGGGCGAUAGAUAUGAAGUUGAUACAGAUGCAUUUCUUUCUGUACUUGCACUUCAACCCCUUCAAGAAAUGGCCUCUGUUCCCACAAUAGUUGAGGUUUCAAGUUCCAACACGUGUGAACUUUUGAAAUCAAUCUCAGGAUUGAAAGUGGAGCCUGUAGAAAAUGUUGCAUCCAAAUUAUUUGUUCAGUGCUCUCGGCAGAAAGGACUCAUUAAGAUAUACAGACACCUUCUUAAUUACCGAAAAAAUGUUUUUAACCUUCACUGUUUACCAGAUCUAGUGGGACUAAAGUAUAGGCAAUUAAGAUGUGGAUUCCAGGAGGCUGUUGUCUGUGGUCUUUAUCGAAAUGGGAAGAUACAUUUCCACCCAAACGAUGAUGAAGUUCUACUACAAAAUGAUAAAGUUUUGUUUAUUUCACCCAUUCAUGGGAAGAAAAAACCUCGACUUGCAAUAUCAAGUGGUCUUGAUGAAGAUGAUAACACUCUCCCAGAUCCUGAAACUCAUAAGAAGGAUGGUAGGUCCCUUAGUCAGGCCUUUGAGAUUACAAAAGCAAGGCUUGGGAAGAUAGCAAAACGAUCAAAAUCAGGGUCAAAGGCAUCUGACUGGUCGCUAGGACCCAAAGAAUGCAUAUUAAUGCUUGGAUGGCGCCCUGAUGUAGUGGAAAUGAUUAAAGAAUAUGACAACUAUCUAGGCCCUGGAAGUGUAUUGGAAGUCUUGUCAGAUGUGCCAAUGGAUGACAGAAAUAAGGCUAGCAAACUUGCCGGCCAAGGGAAACUAAAACAUGUCCGAGUCUCUCACAGGAUUGGAAACCCAAUGGACUAUGACACUCUAAAGGAUACCAUCACAAACAUUUGGAAAUCUUUUAAGAAAGAUGAAGAUAUUCCCUUUUCCAUUGUUGUAAUAUCAGAUAGAGAGUGGCUACUUGGAGAGCCAGCCAAGGCAGACAAGCAUUCUGCAUAUUCUCUCCUUCUUGCUGAAACUAUCUGCAACAAGUUUGGAGUAAAUGUACAUAACCUAGUUGCAGAAAUUGUUGACUCAAAAUUGGGGAAACAGGUAUUUUCCUUGUGUUGCUGGUUAGAGCAAAAAUAUAUGCAAAUUGUCAACAUAAAGAAUUGUCUUUAUAGUUUGGCGAAACUGAAUCUUCUGAGCUCACAGAUUACAAGAAUCAAGCCAUCCCUCACUUAUAUUGCAGCGGAAGAAGUAAUGAGCCUUGUAACAGCUCAAGUGGCAGAAAACAAUGAAUUGAAUGAGGUUUGGAAGGAUAUUCUGAAUGCUGAGGGAGAUGAAAUAUACGUCAAGGAUAUUAGUCUCUACAUGCAAAGGGGGGAGAACCCCUCAUUUGCGGAGCUUGCUGAAAGAGCCAACUUGCGGGGAGAAGUUGCCAUUGGCUACAUGAAAAACAACAAGAAGGUUAUCAACCCAGUUCCCAAGUCAGAACCGUUAUCUCUUCAAUUGAUUGAUCAUCUAAUUGUGAUAUCUGAAAUGGAAGGAGAACAACCUAUUGCUUUGUCAUAAAAGGGAAAAUCACUGAAAAAGUUCCGCUUGCUCCUUUUUCUGAUUCUAUGAGCUGGGGCAUCAUUGCUAACAUUACUUGCAAAUUUUGAAUGUUACACAGUUUUUGUCAGGAUCCAUGCAAAAAAGGCUACACGUAAGACAAUAUUUUUUCUAAGGAUAGUUGUAAUGCUGGCCAUGGUACAUUCUCAUCCUUAACCAUUGGCUGCCUCUGGCUCAAUUUGCAUGUAAUUGUUACUGUUAUUUAUUGGCUGCCUCAUGGAAGGCUUGUUAAAUUGAUAUUUGUCUUUAAUUCAUUAUUGUUGGUGUUAUAUAUACAUGGUUCUAGUGCAAGUUCAUUCUGGCUA